CGCAGCAAGAUCAUGGCCUUGUCCCCUGCCAAAUGCAAAUUGGUCAUAUGGCUAUGCCUAUAUAUUCAUGGACUAGCUAGAGACACCAUCAUAAACUAAGCAUCCCUGAGCAACAUACCUGAGACUAGAACCGAGAACGACAAGCCAUGAUCCAACCAAAGAAGCUUGCUCAGUUGGCGAGGAAGUGGCAGAGGGCCAAGACGACCGUCGCCGGAGAUGACGAAGUGUGUUGUGCGUCAUCAAAUGUCACAGAUAAGGGUCACUUCGUCGUGUACACUGCCGAAGGGAGGCGGUUUGAGGUCCCGCUGGUUUACCUCGGCACGACCAUCUUCCUUGAGCUACUAAGGAUGUCCCAGGAGGAGUUUGGGUACACAAGUGAUGGCAAGAUCACACUGCCCUUCAAUGCAAUGAUGAUGGAGUACAUCAUGUGCUUGCUCAGAAGAAACGCAUCAGAGGAAGUCGAGAGGGCGUUCCUGAGCUCUGUGGUGAUGCCAUGCCAGUAUUCAAGCUGUACGGUGUCAUCUGAGUUGCUGAACCAGCAACAUGCAGUUUGUAGCUCCUGAAGAUAUGCAGUUCUCCUUUUUUGCAUGUCUCGUCCAAUGUGAUGUAAAUAGCUCAACACAGAAGAAAAGAAAUGAAACUUUAGCAUGCAGCUUUUUGCAAGCGAUUUACUUUAA